AAGCAUUGUGUGUCAAAAGAAGAAAAUUCGUCAACAAUUUUUACACCUUACUCACUUUGCAUUAGAUCUAAGUUAGUAAAUUUUGGGUGGUUUUCACAUACUGUACAAAGUAAUUUUGAUCAUUCGAUAGUGAAUUAUUACACCGCGCUAUGGCCGAUCCAAAGUUUGCAAAUUUACCGGGCAUCGCAUACGAUCAGCCUGAUAUUUACGAAACGGCCGACGUUGUGGAUCAAGAGACGUCGGACUAUUAUGACGAGGAACCGGAAAAUGAGUCCAUUGAGAGACUGCAUAUUUCUACCAAGGAUUCUUUCAAUAAAUUCAAAGGAAAGUAUCUGACUGGUCACGUUGAUUUCUCCGAUAGUUUGAGUAAACGUCUACGGACUGGCUACGAUGCACGGUCCGGUGAAUGGGAAUUGGCUGGUGAAGGUGAGAAAGAGUCGCCAAUUCAGAAGUGCCGUCGGCUUCAAUGCGAAAUGGACGAAUUAAUGCAGGAAAUAGUUGCUCUGCAAACGGAUCAGACAAUAUCGAAGGAGGAAAAGGAAUCCUAUGAAGCCGUCGGAACGGUGGUUACCAGUGCUAAGAAAGUAUUAGAUAGUCUUCGUUUGGAGCAAGUGCUAGGAAAAGAGGCCGUUGCCUCGGCAGCUGACUCUGAAAUCAAAAAGCUGGUGAGUCAAGUGGAAGAAUACAAAAAAUCCGGUGGAAUGGCUGCUAUCCAGCUCCCAGCACAAGGCAACGAACUGGCCCAGUCAACACGAAUUGCUCAGCUAGAGCACAGUCUACAUCAAUUAGAAAGUGCUGUCGGUGCUAGACCGGAGAAGUUAAGCCGCUUGGCAUCGUCGUUGGGAACAAACACAUUAUUGGAUGCUGUACAACAGUUAGCGACUAAGGCAGCUCUGUUGCAACCAACGCAAUUGGAUCUGAUCGAAGCGAGAUUAAACAAUUUGGCAACGAAAAUGGAUGCCAUUGCUGAAAAGUCGACCGCAACAAAUCAGGAUUCGACUCGAGACCAGAAAACAAUGGAACUGUACGAAAUUGCUAAGCGAACUGAGCCGAUCACUCAGAUCCUACCCGAUAUGUUGAAUCGAAUGAAAGCUUUGGAGUCGCUGCACAAUUAUGCUACGAACUUCAGUAAGAUAAUCGCUGAGCUGGAGGCCACGCAACAAACGUUAACAUUGAGCAUCGGCAAUAAUAAGGCAUUGUUGCAAGGAGUUCAGGAAGCGUUCGCUGUCAAUUUGGAAAAUGUUAACAAAGAAGUUACCAAGUUAGAGGAGCGAAUGAAGAAGGUCGUCGACAAGAAGUAGUCGGCCGGGGAAUAAAACUCUAAUUUAUUUAAGCUAAAAGACUUUGUAUGGGAACACUCAAAUAACGCAAUUAACACGCUAUGAUUACACAGAAGAAAUGAAAGUUUUUCUGGGUCGGCUUAAUGUCUUUUGGUGCAAUUGAAUCCUGUCAAAAUUAUCAACUGAUUAAAUCGCCUCGUAUAAA